AUGCAUCCAACUGUCUAUGAUAUGCCUUAUUUGAUCCAAAAAUCGAAAGUGGAGAAAAAGCGAGUGGCAGAUUGUAGAAAUGUUAUCGAAGAAAUGAAAUCUACUCUGAUUUCCAAAGGUUACAGAUUGCCCAAACAAAUGACCUCAUCAAAAUUGACGCGGCUCCAAAUGCUGCAACUCGUCAGAGACCAUCUCAAAGCCCUACCAGAUGUCACCUCUCCGGCUCCAUUAUCACCAUCUCUGAAACACAGCAUUGCUGGAAUUCUUGCCUCUCGGAAAAGUUCAACUCCGCCCUCAUUCAUUGACAUGCCUGUAUACAAACCUGUUGAAACCGAGGAAUUGAACAACAUGAAAUACAAACAGUACUUGCAAUUAUUUCCCACUAUUUUUGCAUCCCUGAUUUCUAGAAAUCAGAGUUUCCUUGUUCCUGAUGCUCCCGAAGGAGACGAAAUGAUUGAUAUUGUUGGAUAG